AACUAAAACAGCAACCCCACAUCAACAUGGCAGUCCAACCACCAGUUCCAGCAUUAUACAAGAACAUCAUCAUCUCGGGUGGUGCGCGCGGCAUUGGCCGAGCGUUGACCCGGAUGAUGCUCGAGGCCGGCCACCACGCCUACAUCAUGGACAUUGACGAGGAAGAGCUUGAGCAUACGACCAAGACACACCUCAAGCAAUACUACGAAGACGGCAGACUUGGAUCGUCGAUUUGUGAUCUACGCAACGUCGAGGAUAUCCGUGCCAAAGUCAAGGAAGCAGCCAAGUUCUUCAACGACCGCAUUGAUGUUCUAAUCAACAACGGCGGCAUUGCCAGUCCACAAUGGAAAGACGGUAAGACCAUGGAGGACCUCUCCACCAUUGACGAAUGGCAAGCGUACAUGGAUACCAACCUUACGGCGCCUUUUGCCAUGUCACAAGCUUGUAUACCUUACAUGAAGGCGCGCGCAUCGGACUUUGAGCAUGGCGCACAUAUACAAAACGCAAACAACUCCAGCCCGGCCGGACCAUGUAUCAUCCACAUUGGCUCUUUCCGUGCACAUCAGUCGGAUCCCAACCAGGAAGGCUAUGCUUCAAGUAAGUCUGGUCAGAUCGGACUGAUGCACUCAAUGGCCAUCAGUUUGGGUCGUUUGGGUAUCAGGGUCAACCUCAUUGCACCUGGACGCAUCAAGGUGGCGCACGAGAGCAAAGAGGGUGAUGAGAAGGGGGCGGAUUGGGCGAGCCAGAUCAGUGAAAAGGACGUGUCUGAUCAUCCGACCAACAGAGCAGGAAGGCCGAAGGACAUUGCUGAUGCUGCGCUGUAUCUCAUCGAGGCUGGUUUUGUGACUGGCCAGGAUAUUACCGUCGAUGGAGGGGCACUUAGGAAGAAGAAUGCUUGAGCAGCUAGGCGGAGAGGUUUGGUGAUGUACGGACGAUGAUCGAUAGUGUAUAACUAGUUAGGCUUAGAAAUAAGAACAUUGAAUUUA